AUGGCACUCCUCACGCUCCGCCUCGCCCACCACCACCUCCUCCACGCCCCGCCCGCGCAACGCCGCCGCCGCCUCCGCAGCUGCAGCCACCAGCGCCUCGUCGUCUCCUGCAGCGCGGCCCAAGUGAGCGGCCGAGGCGCGGCGGCGGUGGUGUGGUUCAAGCAUGACCUCCGCGUCGACGACCACCCGGGCCUCGUCGCCGCCUGCGCCGAGCGCCGCCGCCCCGUCGUGCCGCUCUACGUCUUCGACCGCCGCAUCCUCGCCGGUUAUUCAGAUACAAUGUUGGAACUGUUACUUUUUGCUUUGAAAGACCUUAAGUCGACAUUGAAGCUUCAACAGUCUGAUCUGCUCAUAGCCUUGGGAAAUGCUGAAGAUGUUGUUCUGAAGCUUGCAAAUGAGGUACAAGCGGGCAUCAUUUAUACGGAAGAGGAGGUUGAACACAGUGUGUGCAGUGUUCUAGCCGAUGUUGAAUCGUCUUUGUCUAAUGGAUCUUUUACAUGGGUAAACCCUCCUGAGAUAGAGGUUUGGAGUGCCCCAUUGUAUGACUAUAAGAGUUUGAGGGAGUUGUCAGCAUCACGCGAUCAAUUUUUGAAGGAGAAACUACCGAUGCCCACACCUCUCUCUUCCCCAACUUUUACUGCUCUAAAUGUGGGGUUAGACACAGGUUCUCUACCCACACUUGAAGAACUAAAAAUAUUCCUGAAAGAGAGUAGAAUGCCACAAGAUGAUUGGGUCCCUACCAAGAUCAUGUCAGCAAAAUCUAUUCUAAAAGCCACCCUCAGACAGAGAAAGAUUAAAAGUAACGUUGAACUCAGUGUCAGCGAUGGCGAAAACAUAGAAGAUAUCACCACAAACGCUGGUGCAUCGGGGAGGAGAAUUAAGGAUUCAUUUUUUGCAUUAGAAAGUUCACUUGAAGUUAGAGGUGGAACAGAUAUUACUCUGGAUGCUUUAGAUGCUUACUUGAAAUACCUGGAAGGCACAGGAAAAGCUAGUUGGCAAGAGUUGCAUGAUAAAGUUCGGUUUGCUGAAACCAGGGAUGGUGCUUCAUUUUACACCUUGUUUGGUCCUGCAAUUCAGCUUGGAGUCAUAUCUAGGAGGAGAGUUUACCAUGAAACUAUUCAAUAUGAGAGAGAUCGCAAUGCUGGUUUUGUAUCACCAUUUGGAUACUCAACACCUACAGUGACAUCGGCAGUAGAUGCUAUCUGUUCAUUGGAGUGGUCCUGGCUCUUGGCCUUGAAAUCCAAAGUAUGCAUUGAGGGAAAGUAUCCUUUGAAGUUUUGGAGAUGGAAGGGUUAUCUUAUACAGUAUACUUCGGUUGGUUGUGAAGGUCCUGCAGUUCUUCUUGUGCAUGGCUUUGGAGCUUCCCUGCAGCACUUUCGUGACAAUAUCAGCAGCAUGGCUGAUGGAGGACACCGAGUUUGGGCAAUUACCCUUCUUGGCUUUGGCAGAUCAGAGAAACCAAAUGUUGACUACUCAGAACUUUUGUGGUCAGAAUUACUAAGGGACUUUAUUGUUGAUGUUGUGAGGGAGCCUGUUCAUCUUGUUGGCAACUCUAUUGGAGGUUAUAUUUGUGCUAUUGCUGCUGGCUUAUGGCCUUCUCUUGCAAAUUCUCUGGUUCUUUUGAACUCAGCUGGUUCAGUUGUUCCAAGUUACUCCUUCAUCCCAUUGAAUAAAGAAGGACGAACCUCAUGGCUUUCAGGAUUGCAGGCUCGCCUCCUUUUGCUCUUUUUGAGGUCAAGGGCAGGAGGCAUUCUCAAGAAAUACUAUCCGACUAGAACUGAACGGGUUGACAAGCCACUCGUGGAAGAGAUUAUAAGGGCUUCAUAUGACCCUGGUGCAACAACAGUUAUUGAGAGCAUAUUCAACUUCAAUCUUUCAAUUCCUCUUAAUUUUCUGUUUGAUUCUUUUGGAGGAAACAUCUUAGUUAUUCAGGGAAUGAAAGAUCCACUUAUAAAAUCCGAGUCAUUUGUUUCCAUGCUUAGAGAGCAUUGCAGCAAGGUUCAGAUUAGGGAAUUAAAUGCAGGUCAUGCUCCACAUGAUGAAGUUCCCGAUGAAGUAAACUCCUUACUGUCUGAAUGGAUGAAAGUGAAUGAGUCUGAACUUAAGCCAGCUUUGGAGAAGUCCAAGGCAAUUUAGGUAACAUUUAGAAUUCACGGAACCCUACCUGUGGGCUGUAUGUAUAACAUCAUCGUCAGAGCCAUUUGGUAACACAUUGAUGCCAUGUAUUUUCCAGCAGUUCCAUAAAAAAAAGAGAACGAGUUGUUCAGGAUGUGCCAAAUUGCAUAUGUACAUCAGUUCUAUGUUCCACACGAUUAUUUUGGCAACUGCAAUUGAAAGAAAGAAAAAACUAGCACUGGGCCUUUUUCUUUGACAUGACAAA